GAGGGUAUUAUGUGUCACGUGACCCGCAGCGCCUGUGCUGGUUCCCGAGCAGGAACAGAUUGCCGAUUUCCUAUCCAAAGCGCUGAUUCUAUCCCUCCCCUUUCAUCUCCCUGCACCCCGGCACAGACGACCCCAUACCCCCGAGACAUUACGACCCUCUGACGCCCACCUAGCUUUUUGAGUACGCUACACUAUUUCUGCAUCACGGGACAGGCCUGGGAGCCACCAGGGGCCAUGUACCCUGCAUCCACUGGACAGAUACUUUAAUCCGAAGGCAGAGUGUCCACUGCAACUAUCUACCUAGCUGCUGUAUGCGUGAAAGCUGCAGGGCUUGGGAUUGGUAACCUUUAAAAAGAGGACACGCUUUGUGUUUAACUUCUCAGUAUGCGGAGCUUCAUAAAGAACGGAGUGAUGUGUUUUGGGAUUAACUGAAAGUGUAUGCCGUUGUACAUGUUUGUUGUUAUCGUUUUAGUUAACGCCAUUAAUAAACUGGACUGGAAUGAUGAGUGGAACUCAGCAAAAUGACGCCAAGAGACAACAUCUACUUGAGCGACUACUGGAUGCAGUCAAGCAGUGCCAAAUCCGCUUUGGAGGAAAGAAGGAGAUUGCUUCUGACUCAGACAGCCGGGUGAUCUGUCUUUGUGCCCAGUUUGAAGCUGUGUUGCUGCACGGGCUGAGAAGGAGUCGAGGGCUGGCACUCACUGCUGCCGCUAUCAAGCAAGUAACAGGGUUCUCCAACAAAACAGAAACAGAGCUGUCGUUCUGGUUCUACGUGAAGGAACACCUGAACAGGCAUGAGCUGCAGCGCUUCUACUCACUGCACAACAUCACCUCCGAGGUGGGGCGUGGCCGGGCGUGGCUGCGCUGUGCACUCAACGAGCAUUCGCUGGAGCGCUCCCUGCUCAUGCUGCUGUCCGACCGCACACGACUUGGUGCCUUCUAUGAAGACUGGGCCUUUAUAAUGGACGAGGAAAGAGCCAGUAUGCUUCCCACUAUGGCUGCAGGGCUGAACUCGAUCCUCUUUGCGAUUCAAAUUGACAACACGGACCUGAAUGGACAGAACCGGGCAGUGCCCUCCGUCUCUCACCUGCUGAAGGAGUCGACGCAGGGGGUGAGCAGCCUGUGGAAGGAGUCGACGCAGGGGGUGAGCACGCUGCUCCGCGAGAUCACCACCACCGCUACCUCCAACACCCGGCCGGAGCAGGAGGCUGAGCCGCUGCCUGUGCUGCCCCGCAGCGCCUCCGCAGAAAGCCGUCUCAAGAAGGAGCGCAAGAAGAAGAAGAAGGUUACGAACAUCAUCUCGUUUGACAAUGACGACGAGGGGGGCGAUGAAGAGGAGGAGUACGGGGUGAGGAAGAGCGGAAAGGGGCGUGCAAGCUCGGAGGAGAUGGAGCGGCAUGACCACUCCCCCAUGCUGAAUGGAGUGGGGGGUUGGGGGGGAGGACACACCCCCUACGGGUGCCGGAUGGACACAAAGAGCAUUGACAAUGAGGAGGAGGAUGAGGAGCUGUAUGGGAAGGCAGCCUCAAGGGGAGAGCUGGAAGAGGAGCCCUUGGUGGGAAGCCUGUCUAGCUUGUCCACGUGCAGCCCCCUGCAGGUCCUCAACGACAAUGACAGCUCUGACAUCCUGCUCCCCGUUAGCACUGGGGACGCCUACUCCCAGUCUGAGGCUGCUGUGGAGGACCAGGGGUACCGAGAGGAGCAGGACAAUGCUACCCUGGCUGUGGAGCUCGCUGAAAGAGUAUCCCAGCUUCAGUUCAGCAUGGAGGACAGUCCCCCAGUGAAAAACAACACUAUGAUCAGCAUGCUGCCUCCCACUGUCCUGCCAGAAUCAAUGACAGUCACUGAACUUCGACAAGCCAUAGUCGCCAUGAUGAACAGGAAGGAUGAGCUGGAGGAUCAGAACAGCUCUCUGCGCAGCCUGCUGGAUGGGGAGAUGGAGUACUCUGCUGCUCUCAGGCAGGAACUGGAUUCUCUCAAGAAGAGGUUGGCUGAGCUGGAGGAGAGGCACGCAGGCAAGGUCCAGGCUCUGGGGAGGGAGAACGAGGUUCUGAAAGUCCAGCUCAAGAAGUAUGUGGGCGCUGUCCAGAUGCUUAAGAGAGAAGGGGGGCAGACCAACGAUGUGCUCCUGACGCUGCGGAACUGCGAUGGAGAGCCGCCCGUCCCCGAGCCCAAACCGGCCGGAGACUCAGAGGAGUUGGCUGCCAGCUACGAGCGCAAGCUCAUUGAGGUUGCUGAGAUGCAUGGUGAGCUGAUUGAGUUCAACGAGCGACUGUACCGCUCUCUCAUGGCCAAGGAUCACCUGGUGGCCCAGAUGAGGCAGGAGCUGAUCGACCUGCGGGGCCCAGUUCCAGGAGAUCUCAGCCAGACCUCCGACGAUCCCAGUUUGUCUGAUUUUGAAACUGCUCACAGAGCCCUCAUCAACGUGUGGAUCCCCUCUGUGUUCAUGCGUGGACGAGCUGCCAACGCCUACCACGUGUACCAGGUGUAUAUCCGGAUCCUGGAUAACGAGUGGAAUGUGUAUCGGCGCUACACGGAUUUCCGGACGCUGCAUCACAGGCUGCGAUCCCGAUUCCCACAGGUCGACACCUUCAACUUCCCACCCAAGAAGGCCAUUGGAAACAAGGAUGCAAAGUUUGUGGAGAGCCGGCGGAAACAGCUGCAGAGCUAUCUGCGCAGUGUGAUGAACAAGGUGAUCCAGACCCUGCCCAAGUUCACAGCCAGCCCCACCAAGGAGAACCUGCUCCAGCUGCUGCCCUUCUGCAUGGACACCCCGCCUUUGACGGACAGCGGUAACAAGCCCAGCCGAUCCCGUGUAGCCUCCAGAUUCCCCAAACUGUCUCGCGGCCAACAAAAAGAGACUCGCAACCUGGAACCACAGAGUGGAGACCUCUGACCUCCGACCCCAAACCCCGAGAACCGAGGCCGAACCCCCACCAGGUGACCUCCAGAAUCCCUGACACCACUCCACAGCCUACCAGCUUCAACCACUGGGGAGUCCGCAUUCCUUUCCACUUACAGAUCUGCACUAAACAACAUGUGCACUGCACCACAUGGGCUUAAGAGUAAAGAUGGGGACAAGCCUUUGGCAAUGUUGUAGUUGGCUGAUAUCAAGCACAGAUAUCAUGUUCCCUAAAGAAUUUGUUUUUUGUAAAUCGAAUAUUUAUUCACACAUGUAAUAUUACAUGCAGAUAUAGAAAUAUUAGUCUGCUGGACCAAAGCCUUUCUUUAGGUAUUAGUCAGGUUCCUUGGUGUUUAAAGUUGUGAAUGACAGAUAUUGAUUCACACAAGAAUUGGCAUGGAUUUUGCCUAAAUUGUGCAGAAUGGGCCACUUCAGUUGACUCAUGAAUUAAUAUAACAAUAUCAAGCUAAAAAACUGACUUAUGGAGUAAUAUUUAAGGCUGACACUACAUAUUGUACAUUAGCCUGGUACUUGGACAGGAACAAAACAACAAGAUCAAAAUGUACCUGUAAGUGUAGUCUUUGAUAUAGGUUCUUAUGUCCAUCCCAUGUGACAGGGGCAAAUAUCACAUCAGUCACUAUCAUCUAGUAGUUUUGGAGUAAUUAUUCUAGAAAUACAGGCAUACAGAGUCUCUUAAAGCAGCUAGCCUUGAGUUUUUACAAAUAACAAUACAGAUAAUAUUUAAGGACUGAUGAGAGUUUGCUCAGGAUGGAUUGACUCAAAAAGGCUUGGCUUCAAUGGUAAAAUGGGAGUUCACUUACAACUAUUGCCACUAUCAAAAGAGAUCCAGCCCAGAAUGCUGCUCCCAAGUUGUGAUCCUAUGGCAAAUGUCGGAUUAAAAAAAAACCAAAAAAACUACAAAAGGUGCAGUUUGGCACAAUUUUUUAUUUCAACCAGUUUUAAACCAGAAAUUGCCUUAUUUUUCAGCACAGUUCUUUGAAGGGGGUAUUCCACAUUAAUGGGCCACUGUACUGUAUGUUUCAGUGCUGUGGUUUAAAUACCCUGAUCUCUAUCUGAGACUGGUUACUGAUCAAAUAGUGGAUUUCAUACUACCUUGGCAUAUACUCCAUUGUCCUUGCUCCGAGUAUACUUUUUGACACAGGCUACAGCAAAAAGAAUGGUAGGUGAAUUAUUUUUAGUAGCAGUAUUAAUCAGGUAAACUGCACCUGAUUUCUAUUCUUGAUGGACAGUCGUGCACAUUGCUUGACAAGAGAUACUCUGCUAACUUGACAUCGACUCUCAUUUGAAUGUGGUCGAGACCAGCACUGAAUGGACAUUGGUUCACUUCACAGUUAUGCAGAUGAAACUGGAAACCCACAUUGAAAGGAAAGCACUUGAAGCAGCCCAGGAGGAAACGAUGUUCCUGCCAAUGUGGAUGAAUUCAUUAUGCCUGUGUGAGCUGGAGCUGUCUGUCAGAGUGCCAAGAGAACCCAAGUUCACUCAAUCCUCUACCCUUUAAGAGUUGUUUAGCAACUCCACUGCAACUGUAAAACUACACACUUAAUUAUAUUGCACAGUAAUUAGAACUCUUGAGUAUUCAGCUACUGCAGUCAGUUCAAUAAUCACUGCAGUACACAGAAAAGGAUAAAUCUCUAGAAAUCUAGAAGACAGGUGCUCAUAUGUAUUCUAGGAUCUAAAAGAGUAAAAUAUUAAAAUAUUUGGUCACUAACUAUAUUUUAUCUAUUGGAAAACCCAGACUCAAAUUUUAAUGACUUUUUAAUAAAUGAGAGGUAUAUACUGUAUAUAUGCUAUGAGAUAACACUGGCCCUGGGGUCUGCUGUUUGACACCCCUGUUCUACAAGACAGUGUAUUUACAGGUUAUAAAUCAGAAUUUGUCACUGUACAGCAGAAUUGGGUUUGAAAAGCAGUGCUACAGUAUUUUAAAACUAAAUAGUUUUGCCUGGUAAUUAUCGUAUUUAUCUCAAUAUCAGGUACUAAAAAAUGUUUAAAACGUUAAUGAGUUUAUUAUUUAGCUUCAGAAAAUUAUUUUGAGGAAUGAAGGAAACAAUCCCUUGGCUGUGUUUGACAGUACUCUCUAUUGGAUGUAUUAUGAAAUAUAAAUCCCAAAUGUUCUUGUAAAAGCCAUUGGUUGAGCCUGGAGCCUGGGGGUGGUUGACCUGGAGAAACGCCAUGGUGAUGUUUCAGUGGUAGCAUGUGUCGGGAAAGCGGGUGCUUGCAAUUGGGUAAUGUGACCCAUCAGCUGCAAGCUACUGUGGAAACUAAGGUGGGCAAAUUGAGCACCUGUAAAAAUACUUAUGACAGCACCCCCCCUAUGACUCACACUGCCAACCACACCACCCUCUAGUGCUGCCAGGCAGAUUAUAUUGCUCUACAGCAUGCACUUAGUCUGUGGUGGAAAGGGUUCGGUAUCUGCAACGUCAAGCUUAGUGUCAGUCAGACUAAAGGAUACUUCUAAACUACAAAAUCAUGUAGCGGCAUUGUGUGCAGACAUCUUUCUUUCUUCAAAAGCAAAUACCCUGUUCUUUUUUUUUUUUUUUUUUUUUUUUAACACAGUACACAUUUACAAAGCAUGCAGUCCUUUUAUGUUAUUACAAUUAACUGUGGUAUUUAAUUUAAACAGUUAUACAAAUUAGGAAAAAGGUAUUUUAUUAUUUUCUACAGUUUUCAUUGCUAUUUUUUAAAAUUUGUAUAAUUUUUUUCAUUUCAGACUUCUAUUUUUUAACCUACUAGUGGCCAUGUUAAAGGUAGUUUUAAGUUAAUCUAGUAAGAACAAUGAUAUAAAAAGCUGCUACAAGCAACACAACAAAGAUUGUAAUCCCCAGAUAGUAUUCGCAAAUACGUGGAAAUUUAAUACAGAUUGAAUGUAAACAUUGACAAUGAAAUUCAUGGGGAUUCACUCUGCUUAUCUAAAAUAAGAAGCAAGCACACAUCAUGUAAAACCUUUAAAAGCAGUGGAACCUCUCAUUCAUUGCUUAAAGGAAACAACUGCAAAGUCUGUUCCCAUGAAUGCUCUGUCCUGGCAACUUUUGGAGUUUUUUUCAUCAUGUAGCAAAGUGCCCAUAACUAACGCGAAGGGGUGUUUCAAAGCAAAUGUAUUUUGUGCAAACAUUGGCCCGCUUGUGAAAAGAAAAUCACGUCACACACAUUUAAUCAGUCUACUGUGUUUACUAAAGUGUCCAUAAUGGGGCGGUAUCAUGCCCAGACCUCUUUUUAACUUCAGUAUCAACUUAUCAACUGCAUUCUGCUUUACAUUCUUGAGACAGUGAGAAAAGUGGGUGUUAAAAGAGUCAGAGUCUGAUGAAACAUAUGACAACUGCUGAAGCAUUUAGUUAUUGGUGACAUGCAAGAUUCUCAAGUCAAAACCGUCGCUUGAAAAAUUGCUAGAACAAGUUGCCAGAAAUGUUUUUCAGUUUCGCCAGCUAGAAACACACUUACAAGAAGAACUGCAUCUAUCCAAUGGUUGGUACUGGAAUCAGAAAGCUAAUAAUAGGCAGGAAAUUGUUAUUGGAAGAUGAGUAAACCCAACACAAAACCCUAGCCCGCAGUUUUUGGUAAGAUUGUUGUAGAACACCACCAAUCAAACGAUUCCCUAACCCCUCACGAAAUCGAAAAAACUUGUCACUGUACUUUUUUACACAAGAAACUAUGAAGGCUGAACAAAAUGCUGUUUUUUAUUACUCUGUUACAAAUGUAUGCACCUUUUUGCUUUGUAUUUAAACAUGUACAAUUAUUUCAAGAUUAAAAUAUAAACACA